UUCUGCUUUAACUCUUUAUUUCACUUCAUAUCAUUCCAUGCGUUUGUGAAGGUAAAUGUUUGUGGUUUUCUAUUGCCUCAUGCUUUGCCUUUCUCUCUUUUACUUGAAAAAAGAUUGAUUUUUGAAAUGAUUUUUAAGCAUCGCGUGUUCUCUCUGUGUGAAAAUUAAGAUGCAUUGACCCUCUUUUUGUAUAAAACCCCCCUCCAUUUAUGAUACCAUAUGAUAAAUGCUGAUAUGUAUUCUUUUAAUUUUCCCUCCUUUUAAUGCAUUAAGCUGAAUUUGUGAUUGAGCUUCAUAUGAAAAGAUAAGUUGUGAUUAUAGAGGUGUAUUGCCUUAGUUGAUUGAAUGAUUUAGAAAAAACAUGGGGGUGGAAUUGGGGGAGCGAGGGUGGAGGUGAUUCAUGCUGUUCAUGGAUUUUUCUUCCUCAUUCAGAGGAAUCCCCACAUUUUCUUUGGAGCCUCCGUCUGAAACUCCAGUUAAACUGUGAAAAGGAAAGGUCCUUUCUCCGGCCUUGUCAUUUGCGUGACGGGGCUCUCUAAAGUUUUGUAGCAGGUAAUGUCUAUGAUGGUACAUUAUAUUUGCUAUUCUGGAAGUUUAGCAUUCUAUAAAGAAGAAGCAAGUGGCGAGUUCAAUCCCUUUAUGAUGGUUAAUCAAGCUUGGUUUUGCUGUGGUUAGUUUGCUCUGAUGAAUCAUGCUGUUUCGUUAUUCGGUGUCAAUUGUUCUACAAUAUUUAUAGUAAUCCAACUUACUGAGAUGUCUAUGUUAAUGAUGUAAUCUGAAUGUGGUGGCAUAGAAAGGGUAGUUACCAGAGACAGAGCGUGGAGCUUCUAAACUAAACGUAACCAGUUUUUACAUGUAAUGUGUACAUAGGCACAGUAGGUAAACCUUUUAUGGAUCUACAUACAGUGUGCUCCCAUUGUGAAGAAUUACUUAUGUUCUGUUAAUAAUUCAGUACAGAUUUUAUCUUCUCAUUUAUUGUUUUAAUGUGUAGAAACAAGGAAGCAACGGUGAGAUUGGGAGGUCAAUAUAGUCCUCAUCUCCAUCCUCACUGCACCCACUUGGUGGUUCAGAGCUUUCAUGGACGUAAGUUUGAGCACGCUAUGCAACACGGAACUACUAAGGGUUUACUCCCGGUAACAAUUGGGUGGUUUGUGGAUAGUGUCAAGAGGAAUGUUAGGCUGAAAGAAACAGUGUACAGUGUUAAUAGCAUUGGAGAUGAUGGUUUAGCAAUUAUCGACUUCAAACGGCUUGAUCAGAGCUCUGGUGCAGAAAAUUCGUGUCUGCCUUCUGGUUUGCUGAAGCAUACUAAACAAUCCGACUUCUGUGGAGCUCCUGGCUCCCAGUUUCCAGAGAGGGAGAGAAAAAGACUCUCCACUUCGCCAUCCUUUUCCAGUCAAACCUUUUAUGCUGAUAUAGAUGUACCAGCUGAGCUUCUCAAUAAGGUUUCUGAGGCUCUCUCUGCUGAAGGUGCUAUCUUACUAGAUCAAUGGUUUGUUGGCUGCAAUGCUACUUAUGUAGUAUGUGAAGGCCUUCUAUACGAAAAUAUAUGCGACACUCAACCAAUGUUGUAACAUCCACUGCAGGGGUCAUCUCAGCCUUGAUAGCUGUCAUCAAGAUCCAAGGGCAAGGGCACGGGCGCGGCUCGGCUCGGCUCGGCGCGCGUGUGGGCUCUUCAUCCCAUCUUAGUCCACUAUAAUUAUUAAGUGUAGUAAGGUCACUUAAUAAAUACACAUUUAAAGAUGUGUCUCAUCUCCUAUGUGGGAUAAUUAACACUAGUUAAUUACUCUCUAAACUUUAAUUUCAUAGCUUUAUUAAAAGCUACAAUGUGACCAACUUUAAUCCAA